UUUAAUGAACAAUUUGCUGCAAUUUGUACCAUCAGUCUCCUGAAGUUUGAGUGGGAUUUAUUUGACGCUGUUUAGGGGUUUUCAAUCCGCUCUAAUCUCUCUCUCUAUAAUAUUCCAAUAAGUUGUCCGACCUAACUGGAUGAGGGUUGUUUGGAGUUGCAAACAUGUGCUACCAGUAAAAGAUUAAAUGUCAAAUUGCGGGUAUAGAAACCUUUGUUAUAGCGGCGAGUCCCUCCAUGUGCCGCGGUACCAGUUACGGACUUCAUUCUCCGGUUAGGAGUUAACUCUACACAGCAAAAAGAGGUUUUGAUCUGAAUCAUAAUACAGAUACAAUGAUUUUAUUUUUCAGUUUCCCUUUUUCCUUCUUGUUCGGUGUAUAUUUGGUUCAGGGAACACCGUCGCAGUCGACAUCAAAUACAAGUUCUGUGGAUGUCUUUACUUCCGUGGAACAGUUGAAAGGCCUAUCAAGACUCGAAUCGUUCCUCAGCCAUUUACUAGAUGAAUAUGUAAAUGGUAAAUACCACAUUGAUGCACUUCAAGUAGUUAAAGACUUUUCAAGUGAAAUGAAGAAGAUCCAAAAAGCCAAAGAACUUGUUGGUAUUGAUUCAUUCAUUGGUCAUCCAUCUAACACAUUUCUAUUGGUCAGACGCUUCAUUAAACACUGGACAGAGUUAUCGAACUACUUGAAUAAAGGCUCAGAAAAUGAAUUGCAGAAAAUUUUGAAGGAGAACAAGCCUUCAUUCCCUUCGUCACGUGACUUGUUGGGAUGUGCUACGGCUCUAUUGCGGAUACAAGAUAUUUAUCAGUUCCCUGCUAAGCAAAUUGCUAAGGGCCACCUUAAUACAAAUGAUCAAGGACCAAAGCUAGGAGCAGACGAAUGUUUUGACCUAGGUUACGCCGCACAUACAUGGAAGUACUUCGAUCUAGCACGUGAUUGGCUGAAAGAAACAUUAUUGCGCAUGAGCCAAGAGUAUGGCUACAAAGGUGUAUUGAAAAGAACAAGGGUGUUGGAAUACCUAGCCUGGGCAGAGUAUCAGACAGGCAACCUUCCCGAGGCAAUUAAACACACUCAAUCGAUUCUGGAAAAAAAGCCCAAACACAAGAAAGGAAUGGAAGCACUGAAGUCCUACAAAGCGCAGCUUAAAUACAGGCAAACGUACAUUAAUAAUUUGGACGCAAGAUUGCAAGCAAAUAACAGAGAAAACCAAAAAGAUGAAGAAAUCAAAGCUUACGAACGACUGUGCCGCGGAAAGAUCAUUCAGGGUCAACCAGAAGAAAAACUGAGAUGUUUUUACAAGACCGAUGAUCCGCAACUGGUAUUAAAACCAGCAAAAAUCGAGUUGGUCAGCGUAGAGCCUGAAAUUCAAAUACUACUUGAGGCAAUCACUGAAAAAGAAAUCCAAGAAUUCAAAAAAAAGGCAAAACCGAAGCUUAUCAGGGUUCAGGCAAUGAAUUCAUCGUCUGCAGGUGAAAACGUGUACACGGACUAUAGAAUAAGUCGAAGUGUUUGGCUUGAAGACCGCGAUGCAAAGCCUGUUGUUACCCUCAACAAAAGACUUGAAGCUAUCACAGGGCUAUCACUUGAUGAGAACCACAGCGAAUUGUUACAGGUGGUCAACUAUGGCUCUGGCGGACACGACGAACCUCAUCAUGAUUAUCUUCAAGUGGCAAACAAUUCAUCUUUUACUGCGAAACAACGCAAUAGAAUGGCUACUAUCCUACUUUAUAUGAGUGACGUCAGCGCAGGAGGAGCCACGGUCUUUAUUGAAGCGGAAGUGAUUGUGAACCCACGAAAAGGAAGUGCGGUUUUCUGGUACAACUUAUCAAAGUCUGGUCAGUUGGAUAAAAGAACCACACAUGGGUCCUGUCCUGUCAUCAUAGGAUCUAAGUGGGUUGCUAACAAGUGGGUAUUAGAGAAUGGACAGGGAGUAACCAGGCCUUGUGGCCUGGAACAAGAUGAAUAAAACAGCUAAAGAAAGAACUAAUAAAGUAUAUCAGUAUAUCAAUUAGUUGUUAAAAAUAAUUAACGUUUUACAACUUCUUAGUCCAUAUUUAUAAAUUUUAAAUAAACUUUUUUUUAAUUUCAUAAAAUAUAGAAACUAUAAAUGUACGUUUAACAAAGCUAAACCAGAAGUUUUUCAUAUGUGUCUAAAUAAUAUAUGAUAGUAUAAUCUCGAUAUUACACAGUUGUAUUUAAACCGAGAUCAUAUAAUUAACAAAUAUAUAUAAUAUUAGAGCCGGUGACAGGAGCUAGUGAAAUGUCGGGCCGAAGUGUUAUGAAGGCUUGUGAACUUCGCAUAUAAGGAACACAGUUUUUUUAGAGUAAUCCAGUACCGCUCGAGAGCUGGAUUUUCAUUUCCGCCGCUUUUGUAAGGUUAGGUUUAGUGCUAUUGUUUGGAUGACCUAUCUAUUAUUUUUUAACCCAAUCAUGUGACUCGUUCCGAGCGGUACGGGCUGGCUCUUUUUUAUGAUUUAUGAGGUAAAAUUCUGUUUAUAAGAUUAUGAACAUUAAAACUAUAUACUGAAUAAACUUG